UAGUCUUGGCAUUCACAUCUUGAAGAUGGCUGUGGUAAAGAAUUCGGUUAUUUUGGUCAAUCGCCUUUUAGACCAGGGCAUAGAUGUAUGGAGAGCUGGGACAUUUCUCGUUGAAGGAAGGCAAAUGAGUCUUCUUCAAUGGAGUAUUCAUCUUGGUCAUGAUGAAAUUGCAACUAUCCUAAAAAGGUCCAUAAAACAUCGUAAGAAAAUUCAGAUGUUGAAAACAAUUAAUUGCAGCCAGUUAAAGGCUGAAAUACCGAUGCAGGCUGUUAUCGCAAGCACACAAUUCAAGAUUGGCGAUGGUGGAUUCUCGUGUGUCUAUGUUGGUAUCCUGAAGGAUGGAAGUGAAGUUGCUGUUAAGAGAAUUUUAGUCCAAAGUGAGGAUAAAACAGCCGAAAACGAGAAGGAAAUUAUGAGUCUUUUUAAAACGAACGACUCUUCAUUUACUGUAAGCUAUCGGCACUUUUACCGUGAUGAUACCUUCAUGUAUCUCAUUAUUGAUCUUUGCGAAGAAACUUUGAGAGAACUUGUUCAUGAAUGCAGUAUUGGACAUCUACAAGAGCAUGGUCCACAAAUGAUCCGCGAAAUUCUAUCAGGACUAGAAUUUCUUCAUAGUAAAGGAAUAUUGCACAGAGAUCUAAAACCAUCAAACGUCCUGGUUGAUGUCGAAGGUCGCAUGAAAUUGGCCGACUUUGGAAUAAGCCGCGUUCUAAAGGACGGUAAAUCCACACUUAAAACGUAUGCCAAAGGAACUCCGGGCUGGAUGCCGCCGGAAGUAAUUGAAGCCAUAGAUAGAAACGAAGAAGGUGCUUUCAAAAGAAAAUCUGACGUCUUUGUUGUGGGUAUGAUUGCUUUUUUCAUCUUAACCAAAGGUGAACACCCUUUCGGUUCUUCGUUAGAUCGAAUGGGAAAUAUUAUGAAAGGAGACGUUGUAAAUGCCAAGAAACUUACUGAUCCUAAUGCUCGAAAGUUUGUGUCGUGGUUGAUCAAUCACAGGAUUGAUGAUAGACCUUAUGCACACGACGCGCUGAGGGAUCCUUUCUCGCUAACAGAGACUGAUAAAAAUCGAAGAAGUGCAUGA